UUGAAGCCCUAAAAAAAGACCCAUAAUUCGCUCUUCGUUCUCUCGAAACCCUAAAGAAAGCUUUGCUCCCUUGCCGUUCCUAGUAUAUUUGUUUCUCUCAUAACCUCAGUACCCAACGCCGCUCGCGUCACAUUUCUUCUCUCGCGACCCCUAAAAAUGCCGAAGCAAAUCCACGAGAUCAAAGACUUUCUUCUCACUGCAAGAAGAAAGGAUGCCCGCUCUGUUAAAAUCAAGAGGAGCAAAGAUGUAGUCAAGUUUAAGGUUCGCUGCUCCAAGUACCUUUACACACUCUGCGUCUUCGACUCAGAGAAGGCUGACAAAUUGAAGCAGUCUCUUCCACCAGGUUUGAGUGUGCAAGAUCUUUGAAGAAUUAGUGAGCGAGUUUUGGAGAUUUAUAUGGAAAAAAAUCAGGGGCUGAAGGAAACGUUUGCCAGUUAUUUUUCUUUCUUGUUUUCAAUCUGAUAUUGAAUGAUUUUGUCAUAAGUAGGAGUUGGAUUGAACUUAUAGUGUUUCUUAAAGUUUAUGAACCCUUUCAGAUUUUAAACUAUCAGAGAUUUGUCCAUCAUUGAUUCAGAACUUCAAUCAUCAUUGGCCCUUUUGCUCCUUUUGUUC